UGACCCGAAACCAACCAAUCGUUGAUAAAGUAGGUAAAGGAAAGCGCGUUCCCGUCGGCAGCUGUGUUGCUCUAGUCUAGUGUGGAGAGCGCAUCUUGUGUUCAGUAUAUUUCCAUAAUACAGACCAACAGACGCCUGCAAAAAUGUCCGAAGACAAGCCUAAGGAGGGAGUGAAAACAGAGAACGACCACAUCAAUCUGAAGGUGGCGGGGCAGGAUGGCUCGGUGGUCCAGUUCAAAAUUAAAAGGCACACGCCACUCAGCAAAUUAAUGAAAGCGUACUGUGAGAGACAGGGUUUGUCGAUAAGACAGAUUAGAUUUAGAUUUGACGGGCAACCGAUUAAUGAGACAGACACACCGGCGCAGUUGGAGAUGGAGGACGAGGACACAAUUGACGUAUUUCAGCAGCAAACUGGCGGCUCCUGCUAAAACUCCACACCACCUGGGCCCCACACUUAUCUAUUUUAUUCCUCAUGAUGUUUCAUUCAGAUGCUUUCACGUGGUUUCCCCUUCUCUUUCUCUCUGUCUCUUUUCUGUCAUCUCUAGCUUUCCUAGAGUGGGCAUCGCAAAUGUGUUUCCAGUAAUAUUUAAAUGCGCAAUGGUUAGACCGCUACUGUGGUGGGGGAACAAACUCAAGAAGGCUGCCAGAGGGCGUAGUUGUUCAGAAUAUCCACACCAGCCACCAUGCAGGGUUUUAUCUUGCUCCGAACACCGAUUCACUCAACAAGCCCCAGGAACCGUUCACCCCCUCCAUAGUAUAUCUGCCCAAUAAAAAGUGAGGAAGCAUAGUUUUUCCCCUUCACCUUUCAGUUCUUGGGAGCUUUAAAUAGGCCUGUUUCAACUCGGAUUCUAUUUGCCUGUAUGUGUUCAACCAGUGUUGUAUUCAUCUGCCUUUUAAUGGGGCCGCUUCUCGUAUGAGCUCACUGUAGAUACGGGAUCUGUGAACCAUCUCGGUGGAGGUCGAUUAAAAAUGAAGAGACUGACUACAUGAUACAAUUUACAGUGACCCUUUCAGAACCAAACCCCAAAGAUGGUACUCGAUUAGCAAAUAGGGGCAGGAUUACACCAACUAGUUUUGUUUAUACUUUUAAAUGUCUAGAAAUAUAUCCAUUUACUAUUCCUAUUUCCUCUUGAGUGUUGGUUGAGGAAACAGGAAUGACCUAAAAGACCAAUAUAUCUUUUUCCUGUUCAUUACUUUUGCCCCUUUUUUUAAAAUCCCAAAACUAUGACCAGGACUUAAAGCAAAACAAAGGGGAAUCCUUUCAGGCUUUGUUGAGGCGAUGUAUCUGUCAUCGCUCACAAGAACUGGUCUGAUUUCUUUUAACAUCUCUUGCCCUCCCACAGUAAUUCAUAUGGCUGAAAGGGAGAGAGAGUUUGACUCAAAGAUUUCCAGAUGUUGGCAUCCUUCUGUACUGCUAUGUA